CGUCGCACUACCUUCACCACAAGCACACGAGAGCCCCGCGGCUCAUCUAUCCAAUAUAAGCCCAUCUUCUCCCCAGUCUCUACCGCUCCCUCCUCACUCUUCUCUACUCCGGCCCUGGUCAUCAGAACAACCGUUCGAACCCUCAGCCACGACCAAUACAAUCACUUUAUGUCUCCAUCAUUCAACAUGAUCGUCAAGAUUCUCCUGCUCCUUCUUACGACGCUGGCCGUGGCCUUCCCCAACCCACCGCCAAUGAACGGCACGGAGUCCGUCACCAGCAACACUACCGGCAUUAUCUACCCUGAGCCGUGGGAUGGUGCGCAAUGCUACGCCACCAUCUACGUCGAGCAGCGGUGCCGCAAUGGGGGUCAAGGAAGCAAAUCGCACAUCCAAACCUAUGCGCGGUUCGUUAUCUUCGACAACAGCUGGCGUAACAUCGAGGGCCUGACCGGCGACAUUGGCUACCCAAACCUGGUUGAUGUCCACAGUGUGCCGGAUGGUGUCGGCCAGAUCUGGGGACCAUUCGGCUUCUACUUCCGCUGGAAGAUGUACAUUGAAAGCCACAAGGGCAAAUCCAUGGACAAGAUGACAUUCCAUGCACCGAGGGACGACUACCCCAGGAAUGACGAAGACAUUGCGUGCAACGACAAAGACUGGAGCGUGCCUUCCGGAGACACUUCGAAUCCCGGGUUCUACGACUUUUGCUUCAAGUACGAGAAAUGGAAUAACAAAGGGAGGAAGCGGGAGAACACCUGCAAUUUCAGUUGCUAUCCCAGGUGUGGUGAUAGGAAGUGCAACGUGGUGCCUCCUUGGUGA